AUGAAGGGGACGCUGCUUCUGCUGGCCUUGCUGGUGACCGGGGAGCUGGGCUUCCAGACAACGGAAGCAUGCAUUCCUUUCUUUGAAGUCUAUGCUGCAGUCUCCAUUGGUAACACGAAAUUAUUGAAUGCCGUCCUUAACAAGUUCGACCCUACUGACGGGGAAAGGGAGGCUUUAGAAAAAAUCAUGGAUUGCUUCAAUGAUGUAGGAGUGGAAGGCAAAAUCCUGAAAGCCAAAGUUUUGGAAGCCCUUGUCUUCAGCCCAGAAUGUAAAGAAUACUAUACCGAAGACGCCAUAGACAAAUUUAAGGCACUCCUUUCCAAAUUUAACUUAGUUGGAAAAUGA